AUGCGUUCGCUUGUUUGGAUUCUGGCUGUGGCGACGGCCUUUGCUGCCGCUGCCAUCAACGACGCCGAUGUUCCGGUUGUCAUCCACCUGCCAGCCCAACAACAUCGUCCGAGAUUCUUGGGACAGGUUAAUACAUACUUCCAAAACCUAUCCACAACGAGCAGUUUCUAGGUUGCCCCGCCACGCGCUGUCAAGACCGAUGUCCAAGCUCCAAGUGCUGCCCAGGAGAAGGCUAUCGCCGUUCCACAGGCCCAACAGCCCAUUGCCAUGCCACCAGCUCCACCAGCAGCUCAGCAGCCAGUUCUGCCAGUUGCCAAUGGAGAUCAGUCGUUUGCCCCAAGAGUUGGAGCUUCUCUCCCGCCACCACCACCACCAGUCAACAUCCCAACUGAUGUUCAGAACCAACUUAUCAAAUUCUUUGGACUUGACUCCUUCGGAAUCCCAGGACUUACUGGAUCCCACCCAGACGGAUUCGCCGGAGCCGUUCAGGAGAUGAGAGCCGCCGGAAUUCCAGUUCCAGGAAUCCCAGCUGAUCAUGCCAAUGCCGAAGCCGCCGGAGUCAAGAACGUGAACGAUGGUAAAUGAGAGUAGAUUCAGAUAGAAAAACAUUUCAACAUUGCAGACGUCCUCGCUCAAGCCAACCCGAACUUCCAAGAUCAAAUCUCCCAGAUCCAGAACGCCGUUAACAACCCAGGACCAUACAAGGGAGGAGCUAAUGUGCCACUUCCAGCUGAGCAGCCAGGAGAGAACGGACUAAUCGGACUCCUCUCCAACUCGAUCAGGAAGGUUAUCAAGGACAGUGAGUGAAAUUUAACAGUUACUGAACCGUCUCUACGUUUGUAUUUUAGCCGGAGUGAGCGAUGCCCUGUCCAAUUCCAUUCCAAACCUUCUCGGAUCCGGAAGCGGAGCUGAUUCUGCCUCUGCCCCAGCCUCGUCCUCCAACAUCCGCCGCGCCCCAACUGUUUCUGAGGCUACCGAUGACGUCCCACAAGUCGCCACCGCCGCUGGAUCGUCUUCAAACAUCCGCAGACAGCCAUCUGCUGCCCAAAGAGCCAUUUCCGGAUUCGCCGCCGCUCUCGGAGGAGGAGGCGCUAACUCGCCAACUCACGCCGGACUCCCGAGAAUCCCAGGAAUCCCACUUCUCCCAGGAGGAAUCCCAAGAAACUCGCAAGGACAAAUCGACAUCGUCAGUCUGAUCGGAUCCGUCACCAAACGCGUCUCCAAUGGAACCACCCUCGCCGAGCUCUUGCCACCAGAGAGACUCCAGACUCUUGCCGACAACGUCACUGACGCCCUUCUCCCAGAAACCCCAACUGUUGACCUCUCCAAGUUCAUGGGAAGAUGGUUCGAGGGAAUCAACUCGCCAAGAGCAACUGAACAAAGAUGCGUUGUUCACCAUUGUAAGAAUGACGUUUAAGAGGAAAAAUGGAAACCCAUAAUCUACUUGCAGACGGAGGACUUACCCGCAACGACAAGACCGCCACCUUCACCGCCCUUAAGGUGUACAGAGAAGGAUCCGAGUUUGGACCAGUCAAGUACUCGAUCGGAUAUGCUUUCCGCGGAGGAAACAAGGACGCCAUGCUUCAGCUUCACUCUUCUGAAACCAGCGAUGCUCAGCCAUGUCAGUAAUGGAGGUUGUUUGUCAAUAUGUAUUGUCUUAUUUUAGUCUGGAUCUACAAACUCGGACCAGAGGGCAAGAAUUCUUUCGGAGAUUCUCAAUACGAAUACGCGAUCAUUUCUAACUGGGUUAAGUAUCCAGUGACCGUUUUGGUUCGCGAUCCGGAUACUUUCAAGGCCAAGUACCAGAAGGAGGUAAACAACAGAUCUCGAGGGGAUGAAGUAUUUCAUUAGUGAACUUCUUAGGUCCUCCGCUGGCUUGAGGAUCAAGGAUUCAUCAACGGAUUCAUCAGAGCUUUCAACCUUCUCCAGCCUGCCGGAUACUCGAGCUGCCAGUACGCUGAUUCCACCUUCGAAGUCUUCGGAAAGUAA